AUGGCAGUGGAUUUGGGAAAUAAUAACUUUUCUGGAAUUAUUCCUGAGACUAUAGGUUCCUUGCUUUCCCUAGAAUCACCGCACUUGAACAACAACAGUCUCGCAGGUGAACUCCCUUCGUCUCUGAAAAAUUGCAUCAAGUUGGUUGCACUCGAUCUAGGCGAGAACCAAAUAUCUGGAAAUAUACCAUCUUGGAUUGGAAAAAGCCUACCAAACUUGGUGAUCCUUCGCCUGCAUUCAAAUAAGUUUGCUGGCAGCAUCCCUCCUGAGCUAUUCUAUCUCAGUUCUCUUCAGGUGCUGGACAUUGCACAAAAUACUCUUUCAGGAAUCAUCCCAAGAUCUUUCGGCAAUCUUGCUGCUAUGACCAAAAUACAGGAGAAGGGAUUUCUUUUAUAUGAAAACUGGGGCAGCUACUUGGACAGUAUAUUGGUCUACAUGAAAGGAAGAGAGCUCCAGUACAGCAAGACACUAGGACUGGUCACCAGUGUGGACCUGUCAAGCAAUAACUUGUUUGGGGAGAUACCAGAAGAACUAACAAGUCUCUUCGGUUUGCUCGUUCUCAACCUCUCCAAAAAUGCGCUGACAGGAGAGAUUCCGAAGAAGAUUGGUAACUUAAGGUGGUUGGAGUCAUUAGAUCUUUCCAGAAACAAUCUUUCUGAUGAAAUUCCUUCCAGCAUCUCCUCUCUGACUUCUUUAAGUCAGUUGAACCUGUCAUAUAACCAUCUAAAGGGAAGAAUUCCUUCAGGCUUCCAACUCCAGACUCUCAGUGAUCCUUCUAUUUAUAUUGGAAACCAAGAUCUAUGUGGUCCUCCAUUAACUGAUAGCUGUCCUGGUGAUGGUGAUUCUUCUCCAAGCAAAAAUUCUAGUAUUACUGCUGAAGAAGAUGGAUCUGAGUUCUUGUGGUUUUACUCUGGCAUUUCACCAGGAUUUGGAGUGGGAAUUUUGGGGGUAUUCAGUGUGUUAUUUUUCAUGCCAUCUUGGAGGUACGCCCUCUUUAUGUUAAUUGAUCACAUCGUCGACUGGUUCUACGUAACCAUAUCAUUGACAAUUGCCAUGUUGAGGUGA